UUUGUGAGCAAACAAUACAAACACUGAAUCCGAUGGCAAACCAUGUGUUCAAUCAGUUGUGUCCACACAAGAGGUUCGCCUUCUGGUCAACCAAUCCAUACUUCAAGUUCUUGAGAUUGUGCUCAACUGGGAGUGAGACAAAUGUGAUCAAUGAUUGGCACCAAUCAGUGCAGGACUUGAAGUCAGACCCAAAUGAGGAGUCGUUUCCCAAAUUGAAUUUAAUUGCGGAAAAGACGGCCAAAAGAGCGGAGCGGAAGAACUACUUCGGAGAGAUCCGAAAUCCCAGAUAUAAACGGAUGAAGACUUCGCAGGACUGGACGUCUGUGUGGCCGACGGCGCGUGUCUUCCAUCCAUCGACGGUUCCUCUGCCGCUACACAUGGGGUGGACUAUCCCGGACUCGGCGGAAGUGCCGACCGGGAAGUACCACAACCCGGAACUCUUGAAAAUCCCGAAUUUCCUCCACUUGUCUCCACUCGCGAUCCAAAAACAUUGCGAAGCAUUGAAACCCUUUUGCACGCAAUGGCCAAAAGGUCUCGAGACUGACCGCAAGUGUGACAAACACUUCCCCAUUGAGAUCAAGACUCAAGAGUUUGUGUUCAGUGGAACUUCCAUUCGAUGGCCUGCCUAUCGAAUCGUUGAAUUAUCACUAAAGAUGUCAGAUUUGCCACUCGAUGACCACUCCAGAGAUAAGAUGAGGAGAUUAUUGAUGGAAAAGUAUGACGCGAAGAGCGAUACAAUCAUUAUAACUGCUUCCAAAUGUCCCACAAGAAGACAGAACUAUGAAUAUGCCGUCUAUUUGUUAACCGCUGUCUUCUUCGAGUCUUUGAAAGUGGAGGACUGGGAGGCAGAGAAGGCUGAGUCCGAUUGGGAACACUUCUAUUGGAGUGAAAGUCAGUCCAAGAAGUCGAUCGUCUCUUAUAUGAAACAAAUCAAACCCGAUCUCAAAGAGGAGGACAUUCUGAACGACGAAAGGAUCAAAUCGUUUGCGGAAUCCGUUUCACGACUUCAGGACCAAAAAGAGGAUAAAAUAAAUUUAGAAAACUAUAAGAAGAAUGUCUUACAGAUCAUCUUCUGAAGACAUGUCUUGAAAUUUGAUUAAUAUUAGAGUAAAUAGUGAUUAAUUUGUAAAUAAAAAUGAAUAAAUAUUUAAGACAAUCGAAAUCAGAUGAAA